AAUCCACAAUCUCUUGGAGAAGUUCAGUGCUGGAAACACAAACAGCCAUAAUGAACAAUGAGCAGUAUCCUUCUUUACCGCUCAAAGAAAAGCAAAUGAACAUCAUCAGCAUCAAAGCCAUAGAAGACAUUGGGCAUGAUCUUCAAGAUUCUAUUCUCCUGAAGUCUCUCGCUCCCGAGGAGAACACAAAAUGCCAGCAGGGUCUGUAUUUCCAGGACGGCAAGAGGCGGGUGGACUACGUCCUCACUUACCACAUCAAAAAGACAAGCAGCUCCCGACGCCACACAUCACGUCUCAGAGACAACGCCUUCACCCGCACCCUGCGGCGGGGUCGAGAGCCGCCUCCACCUGCAGCCAAAGAUGACGCUGAAGUGGGCUCGCCUCACCACAGCAUGGACCACCACGAUGAUGACAAAUGUUUAAGGCGUGAGGAGUUCGAGAGUAACCUGAUGGAGAUGGGCCUGGAGCUGGAGCGAGAUGAGGAGACCAAGACUCCCGGUGUGGGCUUUGUGAAGAUUCAUGCUCCAUGGAGCAUUCUCUGUCGAGAGGCUGAGUUCAUGAAACUGAAGAUGCCUACAAAAAAAGUGUAUGAAGUGAAGCACAGCAGUGGCGUAAUGGAAAAGAUCAACGCGUUCAUCAGCAAACUAACAGAUCCUCUUCAUCCAAACUUAGAAGAGAACAGGACACAGAAAUUGAAGCACCUCUCGUACCCGUUCUCCAGGGAAAAGCAGCAUCUGUUUGAUUUGUCUGACAAAGAUUCCUUUUUUGACAGUAAAACAAGAAGUUCAUUAGUAUUUGAAGUUUUGAAGCGAACCAAGUGCACAAAAGCUAAAUUUAGCAUUGGUAUAACUAGUCUGCUUGGGAGUGGUGUUUAUUUGGCUGUCUAUCCAUUACAUGAUGGUGAUGUUGGUGGGGAAAACGCUGAGCCAAAUGACAGAAAGCUCUUGUAUGAAGAGUGGGCCAGCUACAGUGUCUUUUAUAAGUACCAGCCCAUUGGUUUAAUCAGGAAGUACUUCGGAGAGAAGAUCGGUCUAUACUUUGCUUGGCUUGGCGUUUACACCCAGAUGCUGAUCCCUGCUUCCUUAGUAGGGGUCAUUGUGUUCCUCUAUGGAUGUGUUACUGUUGAUGACGACAUUCCGAGUAUGGAGAUCUGUGACCAGUGGAAGAACAUCACCAUGUGUCCGCUGUGUGACCGUGUGUGCAGUUACUGGAACCUGAGCAUAGCGUGUGGGACGGCCCGGGCCAGUCAUCUGUUUGAUAACCCUGCAACUGUCUUCUUCUCUAUCUUCAUGGCACUGUGGGCGGCGUUCUUCAUGGAGCAUUGGAAGCGGCGGCAGAUGCGUCUCAACUACGAGUGGGAUCUCACAGGGUUUGAGGACGAGGAGGAAGCACUGAAGGAUCACCCGCGAGCCGAAUAUGAAUUCAGAGUCAUGCAGAAAUCACUGAAGAAAGACCAUAAAUCACAGAAGCCAGAGAAAGAAAAGCUGACAUGUAGAGACAGAUUUCCUGCAUAUAUGACAAACCUCAUCAUGAUGCUUUUAAUGAUCGGUGUGACGUUUGCUAUUGUAUUUGGUGUGAUUUUAUACCGGAUCUCAACCAAAGCCGCUCUGGCUAUGAGCUCAAACCCCAUGACCCGCUCCAAUGUCAGACUGACGGUUAAAACCACAGCGGCCAUCAUAAACCUGGUGGUUAUUCUCAUUCUGGAUGAAGUGUACGGCGCCGUCGCACGUUGGCUCACUAUUCUCGAGGUUCCUAAAACGGACAAGAGCUUUGAAGAAAGGCUGAUCUUCAAAACUUUCAUCCUCAAGUUCGUGAAUGCGUUCACUCCCAUCAUAUACAUUGCAUUUUUUAGAGGCAGACUCGGGGGGCGUCCGGGAAGCUAUCUCUAUGUGUUUGAGUCCUAUCGGAUGGAGGAGUGCGCUCACGGCGGCUGUCUCAUGGAGCUCUGCAUUCAGCUCAGCAUCACAAUGCUCGGCAAACAGCUCAUCCAGAACAACCUGUUUGAGAUCGGCGUCCCUAAACUGAAGAAGCUGAUCAGAUACAUUAAAUCCAAGAGAGGCUCUUUCCAGGAAGAGGAAAAUGAGAAGAAGUUACAGCGUUAUGAGACGGAUCAUUUCCUGGAGCCCUUUGGUGGCCUCACGCCCGAAUACAUGGAGAUGAUAAUCCAGUUUGGCUUUGUGACUCUCUUUGUGGCAUCUUUCCCACUGGCGCCUCUGUUUGCCCUCCUGAACAACAUCAUUGAAAUCCGUCUUGAUGCCAAGAAGUUUGUGGCAGAACUCAGAAGACCAGAUGCAGCCAGAGGCAAAGACAUAGGAAUCUGGUAUAAUAUUCUAAGAGGAGUCGCAAAAGUGGCAGUUAUUGUCAAUGCAUUUGUGAUCUCCUUCACAUCAGACUUUAUUCCACGGCUGGUCUAUCAGUACAUGUACAGUCCAGAUGGGUCGAUGCACGGCUUUGUCAACCACACUCUGUCUUACUUUAAUGUCAGUCACUUCCAGAAUGGUACCGCCCCACUGGACCCUUUCCACCUGGGCUUCCAUGUGGACAUCUGCAGGUAUAAAGACUACAGAGAGCCUCCGUGGUCUCUGACACCAUACGAGAUCUCAAAAGAGUACACGAGCCUCAACACCACAUGCAGAGCGCGGUUGUCCGGAGACGGUCCUCGAGGGAAUUUCACCGUCUUUGUGGAGUGGGUACUGGUGAGAAAUGGAUCCCAGUUCACCAUCUGCCACGCUGAUGAGGAACUCACCAGCCCCACUCCAGACCCAGAGCCCAGCCAAAUACCACCCCGCUGCACGGAGCAACAGCCAGAUCCCACUGCGACCGACGAGCCAUCGCCUAAUGGAGCGACAGAGCUGAGGUUUGCCCCAGAGCCAGAGCCUCAUGGAACGUCUGACCAGGUGUGUGAGCCAGCAACAAUGCAACAUGGAGGAUUAUACAGUGGAGAGUGA